AUGGCUUCGAACACAAAUAUCGCUGUGGCACAAGUACUCAGCCUAUUCCCACACGCCACAGAUAUUACUCCAGAAGGUAACAAGCUUGCAACAACACUCUCAACAUCAUCACUGACCUAUGCUGCAGAAUCAGCAAAAUUCGAACAAGAAGUUCAACUGGAGAUGGACCGUCGCGGCAACUUCCACGGCAAUCAUGGCAACGAUAUUUGCUGUCGACGACGACAGUCAGUACCAGAGGUAGCAGAAGAAGAGCUCGAACGACGUUUGCUAUGGGCAAAGCAAAUGAUUCUCCAAAACCCUGCUUUGUGCGCCAGAUCUUGCCAGUUGCCUGGCCUACAAGAAGAAUCUCAGUAG